AUGGAAACAUUGGUGAGGCCAUCGGGAGGAGGGCAACAGCUUUGGGAAAUGAGGCUGUUGGCUACUCGCCGCCAUGGUCCCUUCUUGUCAUGGCUCAUCAGUGACAACGACCGACUCCUCGAGGAGAGUGACUUUGUAGCCGUGACUGUCCCUGGCUUUGUUCGAGGCUUGAUCAACAAAACAUCCUUGGCAUUGAUGAAGCCACAUGCAGUCCUGAUUCCGAUUUCUGCCAAUCCAGUGGACUUUGAUGCCCUUUAUCAGGUUCUUCUUACACGUUCUAUUGGGGCAGUACUGGAUGUGUGGCCUCAAGGGUGUUGGCACUUUCCUGACAUGUUUUGUGGUCCGCCGUACGCCGAAGAGGCACAGCCGUUUUGGGCGAACCUGGCCACCCUAGAGAAUGUGGUGGUCCUGCCAGGUGUGGCAAUGCGUGAUGAGAUCUUCUGGUCUAAUAGUGCCCAUUUUGUGGCCGCGAACUUGGUGGCGUUGGUCGAUGGGAGGCCCUUACGAGGGGUGGUUUGCAAUGCAUCAGAUCCUUGGCCAACGGUUUGA